AUGACUCCUGCCGAGGAGGACUUCUUGCUUGCAGCAUGUCGCGUGCUGCAGUCCAUGGACGAAAAGGGGGACUUUGUUCUGCCAGUUGGCUGCUGGCGAGAGCUUCUUCAAGAGCUGGAGUUGUCGGAGGACAGCGAUGCUGCUUGCUUUCUGAUGGACUUUGUGGAGCCCUUCAGCAAGGGCUGCUUCACUUAUGCUCCGCUCAUGGAGGCUUUGCAGGCGACAGAAGACAACGAGACGCAAGCGCCAGCCCCAGCAGCGGCACCGGGCUACGGCGUCGCCAGAGGAGACAUGGUGGAGGAUGCUGCCCAGACAUCAUCUGGCUAUCCGGACCCUUUGCAGAACACGGCUGCAAUCGAUGCUGGACCAAGACCAGGAGGAAGCUCACACUUCCCAUUUCCGACGUCGCCUUCGGGUAUGAGCCCGACCGAUGAGAGGCCCGCGGCGAUGCAGCCUUCGCCAAGGGCAGCAAUUCCGACCAAGGAGGCCUUGCAAACCCAAGAUCUCCCUGCAGAGGUCGUCGACGAGGCAUUCUGGCAGAGGUGCGGACCCUCAAUUCAACGUCUCUUCUUCCAGUGGGAUUGCAACCAGUUGACAAAUCCGGCCUUCCAGGGGCAUAUGCAGCGGCUACUGGGCACAGGCGUGGAUAUCAGUCAUCCCGAGAGCGAGUUCCUUCGAUUGAUCAACAAGCAUCUGUCCGCGCGUACCAUGAAGUUUGCUUCGUUGAUGUCAGCACUCCGACGCGAUGCGCACAACACGGCCGCCAGGCAGACAGGGGGCUCCUGCAUCUAUGCCGCCAGCUCCUAUGCAGGGUCAGCUUACGAACCAAGCGAAGCUGGCUCGGAGGCGUCUGCAGCUGGUCGCCCCUCGCUAGGCUUGGAUGGUUUCUCGCGCGGCGGACGCAGGCACUUCAACACCCGAACUGAGAAUGCUGUGCUGAAUGGCCCUCCACGGCUUGGCCGCCUGCCUGAAGAGUCGAUCGCUCAACAAGAGGGCCGUCAGGGGCAUGCCGCUGCAAGCCCUGGUCCUUCUACGCCGGAACAGCAGGUUGACAUCUUUGGCCGAAAGAUCGCGUAUCCUCUGAAUCGGCCUCACUCUCGACCGGAUCCAGAUUCUGUCAGUGUCAUCUCUGCUGCGCAGAGCAUUACAAGCGAGGCGGAUCAGCAGCGAGAGAACUUCUCUUCCCGCAACCGAAACGGUCAUGGGAACAUACUCGCUUGGGACGUGGAGAGCAGGGCAGUGACUCCUCCUCAUCAACGGCAGGCAAGUAACAUUCGGUUCCUGUCCCUCAUUGGCAAUGAAGGAUCCGGGCAUCAUUCGCUGACACCUGCGAUUCAUCAGAUCCUCGGCAUCGCUGGUGGACAUGACGAUCAGAUGAGGAUCAGCGAGCACAGGGCGCACUCCUUCGCGGUCAUGAACGGAACCCAGGAGACGAACGAGAGCCAGGUCUUCAUGUUCAACGGGGAGGAGACAGGCCAACUCCUGACGGCCUUCCUCGCGCAGGACCUGCGUGGCUUCAAGAGGGCCUUGCAAACCUACCGGCAGAACACCUUGCUGCAGCAAGAGUACAGCUUUCCAACAGGGUUUGAGGAACGACAGCGCAGCGACAAGAUCUACGACCUUACGAAGCUCUAUCAGAUGCUGAAAGAAGCUGGUGUCUCGAGGAGAGCGGUGAUCAAGUAUGAGCGCGACCAGACAGAUCGUGCAGACUCGAUGUUCCGCAGAUUUCCAUGGCUCUUCAAGCACGGCUUGGCGGAGUCCAAAAACAGCCAGCGUGGCUUCCAAAGGCUCAUCGAGCGAGAUCUGAAGCAAGUGGAGAAGAUGCAUGUGCCGGUGUUGAGGGUCAGCAUGCACGAGCUGAACCACACCUGCCCAUCCUUCGUUCACCGGGUUUCAGGGUUCCUCAUGCAGAAUGACCUGAUCUCACACGAUCGAAGUGAGCAACACCUGGUCAAUCAGGUUUGCAGGUAG